GGCCAUUCGUCAAGCAGCCCGCGGCGUAUUUAUAGCUGCCGAUGGCGUCCAAGGUCCGAGUGCAUGGGACGGGGUCGAGCAACCGCCUCCUUUGCGGCACCGAAACGCCGCCGCCGACGACGCCUCGUGCGCCGUCCAGGGCGGCACCGACGACCCCUCGCUUCGUGCGGCCGGCCACGUGCGCCACACCGACCUUGAUGGCACCGCUUGGCGAUUCGGCUUCAAACCAAUUUGAGGCGGGUGCGCCCGAGAGGCCACGUGAAGCGCCUCAAAAGGGUCGACGUCCAAACCUUAAGAGCGACGCCAUUCGCAGUCCGACUGCCCCCACCAACCACAUUCCUAACAACACAACCAAAGAGGCCGCCAUCGCCGAGUUCGUGGCGCUUUUGCAAGCCAAGUACGAGUGCACCAAGUCGCUGCGCGCUGCAUUCCGAUCGUGGGAUAUCAACCACGACGGACAGCUCUCGCAGGGCGAAAUGAAAGACAUGUUUACCACCAUGGGCUGGGCCUCCCAGCUCGGCCACGAGAAAGUGGACGCCCUUAUCCGCAGCGUCGUGGACCCAAGCACCCAGUGUGUGUCGUACCACGCGUUUUGCCAGCUCGUGCUCCCGUCCCAGCCCAUGGACAAGCCACAGCGCCAGCACAUUUUGCAAGAAAUCGAAUUUGGCCAAUCGGUGCUCGGCGAGCACGUGGGUGACCCGGCCGAGUCGGGGCCCGAGAUGGGCGCCUGUCACGUGGUCUACACGCUACGCAACAAGUACGAAAAAAUGAAGCUGGGCACAGUGUUUCGGCUCUGGGACCAGAACAAGGAAGGCAAACUCAGCCUGGAUAUGAUUCUCAAAAACCUCGAGAAACAAAACAUCAAUGUGUCGAGCGACACGGUCCAAGAACUACUCCACACAUACGACGCAGACAAGGAUGGCAUGCUCAGUUUUUACGAGUUUGCCAAUAUUAUGAACGGCCCGGUGCUCCAAGGCCACGACCGCGUCCUCCUGCGCAAGCUCCGUCGGUCCGACGUCGUGGCGCCGCCGCCUUCCAAAGUGGCGCCGCCCGCCGACAUCGUCGAUGCCGCCAAGCUCAGUGAGACCGUGUAUGCCAAACUCAAAGUCUACAAAAACCGAAUUUUACAAAGCUUUGGCGACAUGGACGACGACAGCAGUGGCAAGCUCACGUAUGCCGAAUUCCGCCACGGGUUGAUGAAGAAAGGCAUUGUGCUCAGUGAAGCCGAGUUUCGACACCUCACCAACGACAUGGACGCCGACCACGACGGGCUCAUUUCGCUUUGGGAAUUUACGACGCAGUUCAAACAACUCAUCAAGAUGGACGAAGCCAAGGACUUUGGGUUGCAGUCGUCGCUGCCAUCGAGUUGGGCCGAAGAGCCGUUGCCAGCCAAGCCGGAGCACGGCACUCUGCCUAAAUUCGAUUUUGCUCAACUCCGAGCGCGAACGACCGUGCCCACACGCAGCGGACAUACGCCGCGUGACGACACCAAGGAGCUCCUCUGCGGUCCAAAGUCGCCGUUGAACCCGUGGCGGUUUGCCAACGAAGGACGAUUGCGCUUCGAGCCCGAGUCCACGCAGUAUGGUCGUGGCAACAGCGUGAAUAGCGUCGCCAGUGUCGACAAGGAGCGUCAGCGUGUGCGGCACGCCUACAUCCAGGGCCAAAUGGCCCAGAUGCGCGUGGAUGAGCAGGCGCGGGAAGACGCCGUGCUUGCACGCCAGCAGAUGCGUGACAAGGCCAAGGUCGCAGACCACAUCCGCCAGCGCACGCAGUAUUACAUGCGGCUCAAGCAGCGUGCGGAGCGUGAUUCGCGCCUCUUUGACUAG